CAACAAGCCUGUUUGCUUUUAUAUCAAAGCGGUUCAGCGGGGAAAGUUCGAAGUCCACAAACUGACGGAUUGUAAAACUAAUUACGACUAAAAGGCUCGUUUGGUGAUGCGCCUCGCUGCAGUCCAGCCUGUGAAUAUGAUGACAGCCAACAUGUUACUGAGUGUCUUCUUUGUUUCAGGUGUUUUGGCUCCUUGUCCUCAUGAGUCACACCUCUUCAUCACUGCACCACAGACGAUGGAAGCACUGAGUGGAUCCUGUUUGCACAUCCCCUGUACUAUUAGACCUGGACCAGGACAAGAGUUUAACAGCAGAAGAGAAACCUUUGGAAUUUGGGUUAAAAGUGACGUCAUAUUUGUCCCAAAUCCAAACAAUGUGAUUUACAACAGUAGCGGGACAGUUAACACGUAUCCAAUGAGGAUUACUGGAAACCUGAGUGAGAGAAACUGCGCCACUCUGUUUUCCAGCUUAAAGACAAGUUACACAGACAAAUACUUCUUCAGAGUUGAGAGCGAACACUUCCGGGCAACAGCUGUUUGUGAUCCUCUUCAAAUAACAGUUCAAGAUUCUCCUGCGAGCCCCAGAAUUGAGAUCUCAGGUGAUCUGAAGGAGCAGCAGUUGGUCACUAUAACCUGCUCGGCUUCCACUCCCUGUCCUCACUCCCCUCCUAAACUCACCUGGAAUCUGCAACAAGACUCUUUCAGCAAAAUAGAAGAGAACAAAAAUGGAACCUUUAUAACUAAAAUCCAGGAGAGCAUCACUCUGUCAGACCAACAUGAUGGAUUCAACAUCACCUGUUCUGCUGCGUAUCCUGUGAAUGAAGGCACAGAUGUCAAGACAGCAGAGGAGAGACAGACUCUCAGUGUUUCAUAUGCUCCUAAACACACCUCAGUGUCCGUCAGUCUGUCAGGUAGCUGGGUGAACCUGACCUGCUCCAGCAGAGCCAAGCCUCCCGUCAGCAGCUUCAUCUGGUUCAAGAUCAGCAAAGACGGAGCCGUGAAUGUAUCUGAAGGACAGUUUUACAGCUUGAAAGUGACAGAUGGAGGAGUUUAUUACUGCGUGGCCAUAAAUGAUGUUGGUCAACAAAAAUCAUCCGAGAUUCAAAUGACUGCUGGAGGAUCUGGGCUUGUUGUCUACACAACAGUGAAGAUCCUGGGAAUCGUAAUGCUCUGCAGUACAAUCGUCAUCUUUGAGUGGUGGUUUAGCUCAAGAUGCCGCAACAGACCAGUGAAGGACGCAGCUGAAGCAGAGAUCCAAGCUUCAUGAAGGAGAAGAAGACGUUGCGUUCACCAUAAAUGGAACAUUUCUCGAUUUAUCAUUGCUCUCUUCUUAAACAUGAAAUUACUUUGCAACAACACAAAUAUAAUAAACUGCAGCUUCAGCGUUAGUUUGUGAAAGCUUGAGCUCAUUUAUGGCAUUUUUAUGUUCACUGUUUCUCUUCGCCUCAAUGACAUUUUAUGAAUGUAAAAAUUUGAUAUCACAUGCAUGUGGCCUCAUAAUCAGCAGUGAAUCAUUGACGGUGACAACAGGCCUUUGUCUGAAGAAAUAACUUGUGUUCAUCCACAACCACAGUGCUUCUCUUUUAAUCAUCAUUUUUGUGCAGCAACAAAAUGGCAAAACUUCCUCUUCUCAGUUGAUGCACAUUGAUGAACAUGAGUUAUAAUUUCGGUGAGGCCUCUCGUAGCAUCUUGCACCAGGUCACAUGUAAAUAUGCUGCACAAUAUGAAAAAUAUGGUUGACCGAGGAGUAAAUAUUGUACAUUUGUAAACAGUUUGUUCGUCGUGGAUGCAGCACACAGCUCAGUGUUUUGGGUGUAUCUUGCACCUUUCUUUAUCUCUCUGAGCCUGUGUGCCUGACACUGUGAAACUGAAUGAAGCCAUGAGGAACUCACUGCACCAAAGAUGACAAAAGGAGGCAAGACUGCAUGCACUGUGAACCUCCUCCUGAAGUAAAUCUGCAGUCAUUCAAUGUUAAUAUCAGAAUUCCUGUAUUGUUCAAAAGUUCGUCUC